UGCCAAAAGAUGUUGGAAUCUCGUGUCUUCGAGUUCAAUGUCGACUACUUUGAGACCAUGGACAUGGCGGUAGGGAAAUUCUUCAGCUCCGGUGAGAUCUCCGUCGGUGGCCACCUAUGGAGGAUUAACUGCUUCCCGAACAUGGACCGGGUCCGGGUGGAUGACAACAGCAAGUACGUCUCCAUCUUCCUCAAGCUCGAAGACAAAUCUAAGAAUGUCAAAGCCGUCUUCGAGGCCUCCAUGAUGGGCAAAGACGGCAAGCCCAGGAGGCAGCGAAGCUCCACGAUUGUCUUCCCGACCUACCGCGAGAACCGGGACUGGGGGUGGAGGCUCAUGGAGAGAAGCCAACUCGUGCCAGCCUACGUCAAGGCCGAUGGCUGCUUCACCAUCGUGUGCCGGAUCACCGUGCUGCCCGGCGGCGAUGCCCUCGACGUGCCGCAGUAGGACAUGGGGGCACACUUCGGCCCCCUGCUGGACUCCGGCGAUGGCUCCGACGUCUCGUUCCUCAUCGGCGGCGAGACGUUCCGCGCUCACCGGGCCGUGCUCGCCGCUCGCUCGCCCGUCUUCAAGGCGCAGCUCCUCGGCUCCAUGGCGGACGCCGCGAUGCCUUCCAUCACCCUGCACGACGUCGCUCCGGCGACGUUCGCAAUCAUGCUCCGGUUCAUCUACACCGAUGCCCUGCCUGGAGAUGAGGAGCUGGGGGACUCCCCAUCUGAGAUGUUGCAGGAUCUGCUCGCCAUGGCCGAUCUGUAUGCGCUGGAACGGCUGAAGAUUUUGUGCGCUAAAAAGCUAUGGGAUGGUCUGGCGGUGGAUAAUGUUGCUGCUACUUUAGCUUCGGCUGAGAUGUUUAACUGCGCUGAGCUGAAAAACAAGUGCUUCGCCUUCUUGGCGGAGGAAGAAAAUAACUUGAAGAAGGCUGAGUUAACUGAAGAGUUUGUUCAGUUGAGGCAGAAGUUCCCAUCGAUUUUUGAUGAGCUGAAGGAGAAGAUGAGGCCAUACACUAUCAGAAGAUCAAAAUUUCAUGACCGUGACUAUUUUCGUGGGAGGCAUCAAGGAGCCGUCAUGAAAUUUUUUAUUUUGGUGAAGGUGCGUCAAAACCCGCCACGAAAUAAUUGUAACUCAUUAUUAUGUGAGCUGAUUUGAGAUGGUGUGAGCUGUUGAUCAUAUUCGUGCAUCUGUGCUGAAUUUGAAAUUACAUUCAAUUGGGAUUGA